CGGCACAUACGAGGCGAAGAAAUUUGAAAGGCAGCCAUCAAUGGCCCUGGAAAAAGAAAAUUACUGCAAAAUUGGACGAGUGUAAGUCUCGUAUUUAUAGGCUCACUCGCACACACGCACCUGGGACGUUGCAUUGUCAGCGAGUGGUGUCCAGAACUUUCCCUUCCGUUUGACACACUCCAUGCACUCGUCCACCCUUCGUCCUCUUGCUCUGCUCUGAUUCAGAUACGCACGUUUCCUUGAUCCUCUCUAUCUUCAUAUCAUGCCCACCGCUCCACUUCUCCUCUGCUCCUCCCCAUUUUGUUUCUGUUUGGGUUCAGUUUCUCGGAUCUAACCGUCGUCGCCUCUCCGGCUUGCUCAUUCACGCUCCAAGGUAAGCUGUUUUUUUGAGCCGAUUGGUCACUUUGGUUGAGUUGAUCUUUGAAGCCUAAGCUGCUGAGUUUUGGAACAUGCAUGGAGGUUCCAAUCAGUCGGGGCAUAUUACGAAAUGCCAAUUUUAUUUGCUUUUCAAUUUUGAAACUCAGCUUGGGGAUGUUCUUCGGGGCUUCUUGUAUUUUCUGGCUCUUGCAUACUGUUUUAUAGGAUUGUCAUCCAUCACUGGCCGGUUUUUCCGGUCCAUGGAAAAUGUGGUUAAGCAUUCACGGGCUGUGACUGAGAAAGAUCCUCACACUAAUGCCAGUGUGGUAAAACACAAAAGGGUCUGGAAUUAUGCCAUAGCCGAUAUUACUUUGCUGGCCUUUGGGACUAGCUUUCCCCAAAUCUCACUGGCAACCAUUGAUGCACUGAGGAAUCUUGGAAACUUGUAUGCUGGAGGUUUGGGUCCAGGAACACUGGUAGGCUCUGCUGCUUUUGAUCUCUUUCCUAUCCAUGCGGUGUGCGUUGUUGUACCAAAAUCUGGAGAACUGAAGAAGAUAUCAGAUAUUGGAGUUUGGCUUGUGGAGCUCUUUUGGUCUUUCUGGGCUUAUGUUUGGCUAUACAUAAUACUAAAGGUGUGGACACCUAAUGCCAUUACUCUCUGGGAGGCAUUGUUGACGGUGUUGCAGUUUGGUCUACUGCUUCUACAUGCUUAUGCUCAGGAUAAGCGAUGGCCAUAUGUAUCUCUGCCAAUGCCAAGAACAGAGAGGCCUGAGGACUGGGUACCUGCAGAAAAUGGCAGCACAGCUUCUGAUAAGAACUCCCAGAUGCAUGAGGUUGAAGACGAUAGAAACCACAGCAUUGUUGACAUAUUUUCCAUUCAUUCUGGUCACAAAGAUAAUGAUAACUCACCUGCAAAGAGGAAACCAGACAAAGAUAAUUUACUAUCAAUCUGGAAACAGCAGUUUAUUCGUGCCUUCAUGUUGGAGAAGCCAAAUUCAAGAAAUCAGAACACUAAACCAUGGGCCCGAGCGGCAAAAAUUUUCUGGGAGUUAUUGCUUGUACCAUGGAGAUUAGUGUUUGCAUUGGUACCGCCGUAUCAGAUUGCUCAUGGAUGGAUCGCAUUCAUCUUCUCUUUGGCCUUUAUCAGUGGUGUAGCUUUCAUAGUGACAAAGAUUACUGAUUUGAUCAGCUGUGUUACAGGUAUCAAUCCAUAUGUAAUUGCAUUCACAGCAUUGGCGGCAGGGACGUCAUGGCCAGAUUUGGUAGCAAGCAAAAUAGCAGCAGAGCGGCAGAUAACAGCGGACUCUGCCAUAGCCAACAUCACAUGCAGCAAUUCAGUGAACAUCUACAUUGGCAUCGGUGUGCCGUGGCUGAUCUCGACAGUGUACAACUACUGUGCAUACGGGAGGCCUCAGCCUCUGAGGAUAGAAAAUGCAGCAGGGCUGAGCUUCUCCUUGAUAAUAUUCUUUGCAACAUCAGUGGGGUGCAUUGGCGUGUUGGUGUUCCGACGUCUGACCCUGGGCGCGGAGCUCGGCGGUCCGAGAGUCUGGGCAUGGGCUACUUGUGUGUAUUUGAUGCUGCUUUGGCUUGUGUUCGUUGUGCUGUCAUCUCUACGAGUUUCUGGGUUCAUCUGAUUCUGAUCUCAAACU